AUGAACCGAGAAGACCAGGCGUCCCCGCCCGGGGUCGGGCUCGCGGAUCCUGAGGAUUCGCAGUUACUGGCCAAAAUGGGGUAUAAGCAGGAACUCAAACGACAGUAUUCCACCGUGCAGGUGUUUGCGAUCGCGUUUAGUAUUAUGGGGCUCGUCCCGAGUAUCGCAUCAACUCUUGCAUUUUCCCUGCCUGCUGGCCCGGUUGGGAUGGGGUGGUUCGCGGCUAGUAUCUUCAUUUUUAUUGUCGGGUUGGCGAUGUCUGAUCUUGCCUCAGCGAUGCCUACGGCUGGUGGUUUAUACUGGUGGACGCAUUAUUUCGCCGACGAGAGAUACAAGAAGCCUCUCAGUUUCCUCAUCGGAUACAGCAACACGCUCGGGCUGAUCGGUGGUAUCUGUUCUGUGGACUAUACACUCUCCCUAAUGAUCCUAUCAUGCGUCUCCAUCUCCCGUGACUCAGACUGGUCCGCUUCGCGGGGAGUCAUUUACGCCGUAUACGUCGGGGUGAUUCUCCUUCACGGACUUUCCGGCGCGUUAACGGGUCGCCUUAUGCCGAAGAUCCAAACUGCUUGUAUCUACAUCAACAUCGCCAUGGUAAUCGCCACUGUAGUCGCGUUGCCGGUUGGGAAGGCAACGCGAGGCGAGUCGCUGAACUCGGGGAGCUAUGUUUUCAGCCACCUGGAUAAUGAAACGGAAUGGCCAUCCGGCUGGGUAUUUAUGCUUGCGUGGCUUUCCCCAAUUUGGUCUAUUGGGUCGUUUGACUCUUGCGUGCACAUGAGUGAGGAGGCCAUGCAUGCUGCAAAAGCAGUACCGCUGGGGAUUAUGUUCUCUGCCGGGUCGGCGUGUGUGCUUGGGUUCUUGGUGCUGGCUGUUAUUGCUGCCACGAUGAAUCCCAAUGUGUCGGCGACUAUUGGGAGUACAUUUGGGCAGCCAAUGGCUCAGAUCUAUUACGAUGCGUUAGGCAAGAACGGCGCCCUCGGCUUCAUGACUGUCCUUUGCAUUAUCCAAUUUCUUAUUGGCCUCAGCCUGAUCGUCGCCGCCUCUCGUCAAUCAUGGGCGUUCUCUCGCGACGGGGCCCUCCCAUUCUCCACCUUCUUCCGUCACGUCAGCAACAGAAUACAAUUCCAGCCCGUGCGCAUGAUAUGUGGUUUGGUGGUAAUUUCCAUCGUACUUGGCCUUCUAUGUCUAAUCAACAGUGCCGCCGCGACUGCCCUAUUCUCGCUAUUUGUCGCGAGCAACUACUUAUCCUGGGGUAUGCCGAUCUUCUGUCGUCUGGUCUGGGGCCAGGAGAGAUUCAUUCCUGGGGAGUUCUAUACCGGCCGGUUUAGCAAGGCUAUCGGAUGCGUUGCUGUUGUCUACUUGGCUUUCGGCGUUGUGUUGUCCAUGUUCCCAACUACAGGGCCGAACCCUUCUGCCUCGGACAUAAACUAUACUAUCGUGAUUAAUGGGUUUGUGUGGGUCGGAUGUAUGAGCUACUACUUCCUCUUCGCGCGGCGAUGGUAUACGGGUCCGCGCAUGACGGUUGAUGAGGCUAGAGUUGCUGAUUCAGACACCAUUGCUUACAAAACUGAGUCUUCUGCAGGGAUCACUACUGCCAGUGGUAAGGAAGAGUAA